AUGGUUCUUGUACGGCAGAAUUCUAGUAAUUUGAUGGACAUUGAUCAAAUCAUCAACGAGGCGUCGCUGAAAGAGAAAUUAGCCCUUACAGCCGGUCAUGACUUUUGGCAUACUGCCCCCAUCCCCCGUUUGUCCGUUCCAUCAAUCAAAUGCUCUGACGGCCCCAACGGCGUGCGAGGAUCUAAGUUCUUCGACAGUGUUCCUGGCCUCUGUAUCCCAUGUGGCUCGGGACUUGGUGCAACAUGGAAUAAGGCACUUUUGCAGGCUGCUGGUAUUCUCUUAUCGCAAGAAUGUAAAGCCAAGGGCGCACACGCCUGGCUUGGGCCGACAGUCAACAUGCAUCGAUCACCUCUGAACGGUCGUGGUUUUGAGAGUUUCUCAGAGGAUCCUUUUCUGAGCGGGAUGUUGGCUGCGAGGAUAAUCGAAGGUGUACAAAGUGGUGGAAGUGCAGCAGUUCUGAAGCACUUCGUUGCGAAUGAUCAAGAGACGGAGAAGAGGAGUAUCGAUGUGAUCAUAUCCGACCGUGCGUUGAGAGAGGUAUACCUUUUGCCAUUUCAACUGGCUCUCAAAUAUGGCAAGCCGGAUGCAGUCAUGUCAUCGUAUAACAAAGUCCAGGGCGUGCAUUGCUCUGAGAGCAAGCACUUGCUCCGGGAUAUUCUGAGAAAAGAAUGGGGAUUUGAUGGCUUGAUUAUCAGCGAUUGGUUUGGGACUUACUCGACCGAUGCCGCAUUUGCAGCAGGUCUGGAUCUUGAGAUGCCGGGGCCAAGUUUACAUCGCUCAAUGGCAGCAAAUUUAGCUCUUUCGACAGGGAAGCUUCAGAUGAAAGAUGUCGAUACAGCAGCCACCAAUGUUCUCCGAUUCGUCCAGAAGUUAUCGAAACAAGAAGUAGCUAGCGAAGAAGGCACAAGGGAUCUCCCAGAAGAUAGGGAAGUCAAUCGCCAACUCGCAACCGAAAGUAUUGUCCUAUUGAAAAACGAUUGCGGGGUACUGCCUCUUAGCCCUGACUGUGGCAGUAUUGCUCUGAUUGGACCCAAUGUCAAGAACGCGGCUGCAUGUGGAGGAGGAAGUGCAAGCCUACAUCCAUACUACACCACAUCUGCGUACGAAGGAAUCAUGUCGCAGAUAGCACCUGGCACGAAGGUACUGUACGAAGCGGGCGUUUACAGCCAUGUGCUUCUGCCUGUCCUAAACAAAAACAACGCCUUGGACGAGAAUGGACUGCCAGGUGCAACCAUUGAGUUCUUCCGUGAGCCAUCUUCUAUACCAGACCGAAUUCCAUUCGACAAGACCACAGUCAGAGAAACCGCAUAUCAGCUGAUGGACUACAAGCAUGCCCAAAACGGUGAGACUUUCUAUAUUUCCAUGCGAGGGACAUUCAUCCCCGAAUGCUCAGGGACGUACGAGUUUGGUCUGGCUUCUUUUGGCAUUUCAGAUCUGUAUAUAGAUGAGAAGCUUGUGAUCGAUAAUUCAACGGCUCAAGAACCAGGUGGUAUGUUCUUUGGGAGCGGCUCGAAGGAGGUAAGGGCUACGUUUGAAAUGGAACAAGGGAAGACAUAUAAAUUCCGAAUGGAAGCCGGAAGUGCGUUGACAUCGAAGUUACUGGGUGGUAUGAUUGACUUACCAGGCGGUGCAUGUCGACUGGGAGCUUCUUUGAAACUGGACCAUCAAGAGGGGAUCCGAAGAGCUGUUGAAGCUGCCAAGAGCUGCCAAAAUGUUAUAGUUGUUGCAGGUCUUAAUGGUGAUUACGAGAAAGAGGGUCGGGAUCGUAAAACCAUGGACAUGCCAGAGGGUUACGAUGCGCUGAUCAAUGCAGUACUUGCCGCCCACCCUGCCGCAAUCAUCGUCACCCAGGCCGGAACUCCCAUUUCGAUGCCCUGGCGCUCUCAAGCACAUUCCAUGAUCCACAGCUGGUACGGUGGUAACGAAAGUGGUACUGCUCUUGCAGACGUAAUAUUCGGGAAGGCGAACCCCAGUGGGAAGCUGCCUAUGACGUUUCCAGAUCGACUGGAGAACACUGCAAGUUUCUUGACCUUCGGAAGUGACAAUGGAAAGGCGAGGUAUGAUGAGGGCAUCUUUGUUGGUUAUAGAUACCAUGAUGCUGUUGGUCGAGGUGUUGCGUUUCCUUUUGGACACGGACUGUCUUAUACAACCUUUGCAUUGAGAGAUUUCAGAGUAUCCUCGGAAGAAAUCCAGGUGGUAGUUGAGAAUACCGGGAGUAGAGCAGGCUCAGAAGUACUCCAAAUGUACAUCUCAGCGGACCGAGAAUCUUCAAGGUUCAAGCGGCCAGUGAAGGAAUUAAAGGGUUUCGAGAAGGUGAGACUGGACCCUCAGCAAGCCGUGACGGUGACUAUUCCAAUCGACAAGUACAGCACAGCUGUGUGGGACGAGAAUAGAGAUGCAUGGGCUUGUGAAAAGGGACAAUAUACAGCGUCAGUAUUCGGAGGGGAUCAGUGCUUGAAAGCUUCAUUUGAGAUUCAGAAGACGGUGUUCUGGAAAGGGCUAUAG